AUAUCGCUGACCAUGUAAUGGCUAUCAUAGGUUCUGCGCGGACUUCAUAAGCUCAUUUUAGACGCAAACAGACACCGGGUCUGUCCAAGUCAGCUAACGCUUGUUAGCGCUAGAGGCUAACCAUGGCUAAUGUUGGAGUUGAACAAGUUACUUUAGCACAACUGGGUGAACAAAUAACGUUAGCUUAGCCCCGAGCUAACGUCUGCUAACCUUAGAUCGCGAACAGCAGGAACAAAAAGGCUGCCGCUACGCCACUAGCUGCUAACAAGCUAUCUGUUUUGCUGGACUUAUUUUUUAUUUUACUGAUUUAUUUUAGUUUUCCAUGACACUUUCCUCAUUUUCAGCGUUCCUUUACCCUGGUUAUAGUUAAGCUUCAUGUAUCAUUAUUGAUCUUGUGUAGGGAAACUUGCCAGUUCAUUUGUCUGUUUACACCUGAAACGGUCGCUGGGAACGUACCUAAUGUUCCUCAGCAGAGGCACUCGUCAGUCUUAAAGAGGGCAGUUUGUCCAACACUCUGAAUGAGAAAAACAGCUUCCCACGAGCUCACAACACCAGGGGACGGCAUUCCUCUGUCACAAUGGACACGCCUACACGGAGCUCGAAGCGGAGCCGUUUGUUUCGAGAUGAAGAUGAGCCACCGCAGCAGCGUCUUCCGUCCAGAUCUCCACGGAGGAGCCAGAGAGUCACCACCACACCACAGAAAUUUUCUAACAUCGUGACACCAGAUAAGAAGGCUUCCCAGAAAAUAGGGCUGAGAUUAAGAAACCUGCUGAAACUACCCAAAGCUCACAAAUGGUGCAUCUAUGAAUGGUUUUAUUCCAAUAUUGACAGGCCUCUUUUUGAGGGUGACAAUGAGUUCUGCCUGUGUCUUAAGGAGACUUUCCCCAACCUGAAAACAAGAAAGCUAACCAGAGUUGAGUGGGGUACAAUAAGAAGGUUGAUGGGGAAACCUCGACGGUGUUCGUCUGCAUUCUUUGCUGAAGAGCGAACAGCACUGAGGCAGAAACGGCAGAAAAUGCGGCUUCUGCAGCAAAGAAAACUGACUGACUUGUCAAACUGCAAAGAUCUUCCUGAUGAAAUCCCUCUGCCUCUCAUCAUAGGAACCAAAGUCACUGCUCGUCUCCGAGGACUCCAUGAUGGGUUGUUCACAGGGCAGAUUGAUGCAGUAGACACCAGUGCCGCCACCUAUCGUGUCACCUUUGACCGCACUGGCCUGGGAACUCACACUGUGCCUGAUUAUGAAGUCCUGAGCAAUGAACCUAACGAGACCAUGCCCAUUUCAGCCUUUGCCCAGAAGCAUCGGUCAGCACGCUAUAUGCAAAGCCUCAUGACUCCGCCUAGAGGGCCCUAUCCUUCCGCUACCACUCCUGUCCAUAUGGACAAUGACCCUCUUAUCACCCAGUCACCAUGGAGGAACAAACUGCCCGGUGCUGAAGGAGAUACACUGGGAGGAUUUCCUGUUAAAUUCCUGGUCCAAGUGACAAGGCUGUCCAAAAUCCUCAUGAUCAAGAAAGAGCACAUCAAGCACUUGAAAGAAAUGAAUACAGAAGCUGAGAAGCUGAAGUCGUACUCGAUGCCUAUUGAUCUGGACUUCCAGAAGCGAUAUGCUACCACCGUGCUUGAGCUGGAGCAGCUAAAUAAAGAUCUGAACAAGGUUCUUCAUGAAGUUCAGCAGUACUGCUGUGAACUCGCUCCUGAUCAGGGCAUGGUUCCAGCAGACCAUCCCACAGAGCUGCGGAGGCGUAGCGAAGAAGAGGCCCAGCAGAUGGUGCAAAUGCGCAUCAACUCCAUGAAGGACGGGCAGCAGAGUGUGGCAAAUCCCAGCCUCACACACCUCAUCUCCCGUCUCACUGCUCUGCUCCUACAGAUCAAGUGUUUGGCAGAUGGCGGGGAUCUGAAUUCAUUUGAGUUUAAAUCUCUAACAGACUCUCUCAAUGACAUCAAGGCAUCGAUUGAUCCCUCCAACCUCAGUUGCUUCCAGAAUAAUGUUGAGAUCCAUGUGGCACACAUCCAGAGUGGCCUUAGUCAGCUGGGCAAUUUGCAUGCAUUCGCUGCCAACAACACCAAUGCAGUCUGAGUACCUGCAUCGUCCCGCCCACACACAGGUGCAUGUACACACACGGAAGUAUAUCCAUAUUUUUCUUGUGAAAUGGUGCUUUCACCUGGACUGUUAAAAGACUUCAAAGAAGGCUCAUGUCGAUGCUGUGGAUCUUCAAUUUGAGUUCUUCCCAGAUUUCCUCAAGUUUUGAUCGGAAUGGAGAGAAGAAUGCUGAAUAUUUUACCCACAGGCUUUUGUUGUAUCAAAAUGUGCACCCAACUGAACACAAACCCGAAAGAGUCUUAAAGCUUUUUGCCACGCUCCACAUUUCCAAAAUAUUAAAACUGUUAUUUAUUUGGUUUCACGUGCCAAACAUAAGGUUUUAACAGUUUUUAUUGUCCGUAUUUAUUUAUUUUUGAGUAGGUGUGUAUGGUUAUGCAACAAUAUUUUGCUAUUCCCGACGUUUCCCUCUGUGAGUUGUGUUCUGUUGUUCCUUUAAUGAUAAGUACAGGGGAAGGCGAAGGGAUGUUUUAUAAUAAAAAACAUGUUAUUGUAGAUAAUUGUAAAAUAUCUGAUUAUUAGGAAUAUUGUCAGCCUUUCCGCUGUGUAUUCUGAAAUGGCUUUUGUAAUUUUAUGCGCACUGAAAAGAGUUUUUUUUUUUUUGGUAUUUUUUUAUAAAGGAGAACUCUGGGGUUUUGAUCUUAAGUGUUUCCAUAUUUGACAUCGGCUGUUGCUGCAACACCCCCCACACUAAGUCUGCAUCACUGACCUUUAAACCCUGUCAAAAGUUCUUUCCUAGAGAUUCUCCUUUUUUUUCAUUUUUUGUAAAGUUGUAUAUGAGAGUUCCCCCGGGCAGUUGUAUAUAAUGUUUUUGUCUUUUUAUAUUAAACAUAAUAUUGAAAAGCA